AGACCAAAUGUUCGUGACAAAAUAUGUGUCAAAUUGUGAUUAGUUUUUAAAUAUUCUCGAUAUUAGAAAAAAAUAUUUAUAUAAAUAUUAUUCAUGACGUCAUCAAUAAUCAAUGUAGGCAGUUCCUGUCUACUGUCAAACUGCUGAUGCUUUUGGUGUUCAAACCAACCACUCUCCUUCGCAAGUUUCUACAAUCACUUUGGUGACAACACACCUUCAUAGGGGUAUACCGGGUACACAUCAGCAGAUCCUACAUACAGAACCAAGUUACUCACCAAAACUACCAAUUAUAGCAAGUGGUUAACUCAAACAGACGUGACCAUGUCUCAUAUACCAGCAAGCGGGUCUGAGGAAGACAUGAAGAGUGAGCUGACCAAUCUGCAGUUCCAGGCCAAUAAAGUCACAGAUGAUUCCCUGGAGAGCACGCGCCGGAUGAUGUCCUUGUGUGAGGAGAGCCAAGAUGUUGGUGUAAAAACAUUGGUUAUGCUCGAUGGACAAGGCGAGCAGCUGGACCGUAUUGAGGAAGGCAUGGACCAGAUCAACUCGGACAUGAAGGAUGCCGAGAAGAACCUAGAAGGCAUGGAGAAAUGCUGUGGACUGUGUGUACUCCCAUGGAAAAAAGCUAAGAAAUUUGAGAAGAGCGGUGAUUAUAAUAAAACAUGGAAAACUUCGGAAGACGGCAAAGUAAUCACAAAUGGCCCUCGAGUAGUUGUCGAUCAGGGAAACGGCGUAACUUCCUCGGGGGGUUACAUCACCAGGAUUACAAACGAUGCUCGAGAGGAUGAGAUGGAGCAGAAUCUGGGUGAGGUUAGCGGAAUGCUGGGUAAUCUACGGAACAUGGCGGUAGAUAUGGGUAACGAGAUCGGCUCACAGAACAGACAACUAGAUAGGAUCAACCAGAAGUCCGAGUCGAACGAGGAACGCAUCAAAGAGGCUAACACACGUGCAGCCAAACUGCUUAAAACUGCCUAGACACCAACACUGACUCGCAGACCAAAACUGGGUGAUUCACUUAAUGAUCGUGUGGAAGGAGCCAACAAGAGGGCAAACAAGAUAUUGCGCAAUCAAUGAUGACCAUGUGACAGCCUCAUCAGUGCUUACCAUCGGAAAGUGCUCAGUUUGAUCAAAAAAGCUGCGUUUUUCUGCAAUGUGUACUGUAUAAAUGACUGCCGUGUUCAUAUUUUCAUACUUCAUUCAAAUGAGAAAUAGUGUAUCACUAUUAUUUGUGUGGAUUUGCAUUUAAAGAUCUUUCUAUGAAUUUAAACGUCAAACUUAUUCAUUUUUAUGUUGAGAAAAGCAGAAUUUCUUGGUAAUGUGUUCUACAUAUGUAUAAUAUAUAACAGUACUUUAACAUCAAUUGUUUACUGUAUAUUAUAAAAUAUUGUAUUACUUAAAUAACAAAAUUUAUCCACUAAACUGCAUUUCUUUCAUGGAACAAACAAGUAGUCAUUAGGUCAUGAUUUAAUUGGAUCUUAACAUUGUGCUAGUAUGUUACCUAAUAAAACAAAGUAUUCUUGUAUUAUGGAUGUCUUUAAAAUGCUCAAACUUAUGAAAUGAGGCAUUAGUUUUUCUCAUUGAAGAAUCAAAUUUGGUUUCGGGACCACAUAAUUUAUUUCAUUUAUCAUGGUCACAUGCUGCAGAUGAGUUUGUGUGAAGUGUUUGGGCAUAUUCGAGGAGUUUCAUCUAUUCAAAGAUUUUUUUUAAAAAUUUCGUAGCUAGUUUCUCUCAAAUUAUAUAUUCAAUUAUACACGCAUAGUUUGUUUGUAGUGGUUGAUAUUCUAAAAAAAAAAAGUACACUGUUUUACAUGUAGGGAUUACCAUCUUACUUUGUGUUUCUUCAGUUCGAAUUUUCUUGAAAUACCUGCAAAUCAUUUCUGUUUUAGAUUAGGUAAUGUACAGUCAUCUUGACUAUUAUGCAUGAUCUCUGUUCAAUAAGGUACUAUGUUUUCAUCGAUAUUUGUUUUCGAGUGCCAAAACUUUGUAAGCUACAUUCUCUAGCUAUGUAAGUCCAACUCAAUGUGUGCAUAGUGAGAAUAUGCUUGCAAACAACGGUUUGUCAAAAUUUGAUUUAAGUUGUUUUUUAGGCCCCAAAUUCUCGAAAAAUCUUAAUCGUAAAAGGCUUAAUUAUGUAUCUUUUUUAAUUUAGAAAAGUUAAUUAAGCUUGAUUUUACAAAUAUAUUGUUUUUAGUUUAUUGUGAGUAUCUUAAGGAUAAUUUUCUAUAAAAUUUCUCAGAUUCGAAAUAUAUGCUAAGAGACUUAUAUGAGAAUUUGGAACUUGAAAAUGUUUGAAUUGUGACUGUUAUGACAGGUCUCAUUCAGAUUGAAUUCUUUCAAACUAAAUAAUGAAGAACUUUAUGAAAUGGUGCAGAUCUAUACAUAAAUUUAAGACUUGAAAUCUUUAAUUAUAUACUACAGGUAUAUGUACCUACUAUAUUUACUCCUUAACAUCUGCUUAAAUUCAAAAUUUGGUUUAUUCGGAAAUGUUAUUUGGAAGUUUUUCUGGUUCAUUUUAAUCCUUUAUGUGCAAUAUCUGUAUUUUACUGCAUUUAAAUAUGAAGUUUGAUUUUAAGUUUGAGUUGGACACAUUUCACUGGUAUUACAAAUUGUGAAAUAUAAAGAAUACACAAAUCUGUUUAUUGUUUUCAAGAUGUCUUUGCUUAGAAACAGCUGACUUGCCCUUACCAUUUACCAUGGUAAUACAUUUCUGAAUUUACAAGUCUGAUGUGAAAGAUAUCUUUUUAGACAUCUUUAUCCAGCACCUUGCAUCCAGGCUUUGUAUUUACCUGCAGAAAAAUAGAGUUUUCAUUAUAAACAAUGUUAAUGCUUCAUGCUGAUUUAGAUAAACAUACAAAUUAGCGUUUUCCUCUAUUUUCCCUAUAUUUUCAUGCGAGUAGAGUAGACAAUGAAAGUUUUUGUUUCUAUGAUCUUCAUCGAAUAUACAGAAGAAUUAAUUGUGCACAUUUUUAUUUACGUUACGGAGUUAAGGAUAUUAUUUAAUUGUUAUAGUAUUUAUAUCAUAUUUUGUACAUUGUAGAUACUCCUGCUUCAUCACCCACCAUAAUGUUAAUGUUGUACAGGUCAUUGAUGUAUUAUGUUUAGUAAUAUAUGUGGCAUCAGUGAAAAGGAGUCUUGUGAAGCCAAAGGGAUUUUAUUGGCAAAAUAUUGCAUCUAAUGGGUAGACAAUCUUUGUAUUACUGUUAAAAAAUCAACUCUGAUUCAUUUAACAUGACACUUGUUGUCAUCUAAUCCGUGGGUUGACAAAUGAAGGGGUUAUAUAUCAAUAAUCAAUUAUAGCACAUCGUUGUAUGAUCCAAUGGAUUUCUUUGACCACCUCUGACACCAGGCGGGGCAGGGCUCCCUGUCAGAACUCCCUAUCAGAACUCCCUAUCACAUCAUGGUCAUUUUAAGUAUACCGAUAGUCUUUUUCUUUUCAAUCAACCUAUGGAUAAACUUACCGGGUAUGCGGGUUUCAUUUCAAGACGAUAGAACUGCCUCUACAAGACUCCUUUUCACUGUAUGCAUGUAUCACUUUAAAUGUAUUUUGUAUGAGUUCUUACAAUUUUUAAAAUACUUGCCUGUAGAAUAUACUAUUUUGGGGGGAUGAAUACCAUAUAAAACCAAAUGACAUUUAGUUUUUUUUGUGGUUUUGAUCGUCUGGUAUUAACCUCAUGAUAUCUCUAACCUUCACAAAGUUCACAGUAAUUCUUUUUUCACUCCAAAAAAUUUCACUCCAAAAAAUAUGGCUACUCACAUUCAUAUGCAAUCAUUUGACUAGCGUUUUAAUAUCUUGGUAGAAGCUUUCACCCUUGCAGUGUAAUUGAAAAAUACAAGCUGAAUAAACUUUCAACUAAAUGUAUUAGAUUUUGUCCAAAAAGAUCUUCAUGUCUGUGUGACUGAAGGUUUUCUAUGUGGGGAUAUAUUUAAGUCAGCUUAUUUUUCGAUGACUUCCGUAGAAUUAUAUUUGUUCUGGUUUAAUGCUCAUGUCUAUAACUGUUAAAACUUUACUAUGUGUUUUAGUGUGUACAUGUAGUCGCUUGGAGGGAAUAAUAAACUGUAUUGUCUAGUUUUUUAACUACAUUCCUGUAGAGUAUUAUUAAACUAAUAAUUUCUCUAAAUGUUAAGCAGACUUCACUUUAUGAUAUUUGUUAGUGUCAUACUUUAUCUUAAUGGUGAUAAUUCUUGUUUUAAUUGUAUGAACUGUAUGUCAUCAUAAAAUAUUCAUGAAAGAUG